UUAAAUCCCAGCCGUCUAUUCUUCACUCUCUCUCUCCUCUCGGCCGUCCUUCGCAGGAACGAACCUCAAACCUUCACUGGAUCAGACACUAUAACCGAAGUGAUCAAAUCAAACCCUCGUCUACGUUUCACCUACAGUACAUAGUAAACUUGUAAUUUUCCAGAUAUCAAUGGAUUCAGAUCAGGGGAAGCUAUUUAUUGGAGGGAUUUCUUGGGAGACAAAUGAGGAGAAACUGAAGGAGUAUUUUCAAGGCUAUGGAGAAGUCGUUCAGGCCGUUGUUAUGAGAGAUAAAAUCUCUGGGAAGCCCAGAGGGUUUGGCUUUGUUGUAUUCGCAGAUCCGAACAUUCUUGACACGGUUCUUCAGGAUAGACAUGUUAUUGAUGGCCGCACGGUUGAGGCUAAAAGAGCUUUAUCAAGAGAGGAACAACAGGUUUCAAGAGUUGGAAAUUCUGGCGGUGCAAGAAACUUUGGAGGUGGUGGAAGUACCAGGACCAAAAAGAUAUUUGUUGGAGGUUUACCACCAACACUGAGUGAGGACGGAUUCGGACAGUAUUUUGAAGCUUAUGGAAUGGUAACUGAUGUGGUAAUUAUGUAUGACCAGCAGACCAACCGUCCACGUGGAUUUGGGUUCAUAUCAUUUGAUUCUGAGGAUGCAGUAGACAGGGUUUUACACAAGACCUUCCAUGAUUUAAAUGGUAAGCAAGUGGAAGUGAAGCGAGCUCUUCCUAAAGAUGCCAAUCCUGGUGGGGGCGGCCGGUCUAUGGGUGGUGGUAGCGGUGGAGGAUAUCAGGGUUAUGGGUCUUCUAUGGGCAAUUCAAGCUCUUAUGAUGGUCGAAUGGAAUCCAACAGGUACUUGCAGUCACAACAUGCUAAUGGUGGUUAUCCAUCAUAUGGUUCGUCUGGGUAUAAUGCACCAGGUUACGGGUAUGGCCCAACAAAUAAUGGCGUGGGUUAUGGCUAUGGAAAUUAUGGUGGUCCUGCUGGGGGAGGGUACGGAAACCCUAAUGGUCCUAAUGCCGGAUAUGGUGACCCUGGAAAUGCUCAAAGAAGUUCAUGGGGUUCACAGGCUCCUUCUGGAUAUGGCUAUGGAAGCUCUCAAUGGGGUACUACUGGCAGCGGCGGUAGCUCGGCUACUGGUCAACCUCAAACUGGAGCUUCUGGGUAUGGGAAUCAAGGUUAUGGUUAUGGUGGAUAUGGUGGGAAUGAUGGAACUUACGGAAACCAGGCUGCUUAUGGUGCUGUUGGUGGGCGUGCUGGAAGUGGUCCAAAUGGUAGCUCUUCUGUAGGAGAUCUUCAAGGUGGUUUGGGUGGUUAUGGUGAUGGAAGUGGUAACUAUGGAGGUGGCUAUGGUGCUGCUUCAACUCGAUAAGCUCAGCAGCGACGAUUUAUUACUUGAUUCUCUCUACAUAUCCUUGUUGGAGUCUUACAAUUGCAUGAGGUCCAAUUUGUGGCGCAGAGUAGGUGGCUUUUACAAUGUCACCUAAACUAUACUUUUUUUGCUGCCCAUAAUAAGUCUUGGUUAAGUAAUAGAGUUAGCUCAAUCUAUCUUUUCUUUCUACUGUAGUUUUAAAUUUGCUUGCUUAUAGCUUAGCUGUGUUGGAAUCUUCUCUUAUCGGAAUGUUUGAGAUAUAGUAGUUUGUGUUGAACUUUCUGUGAGUUAAUUGCAAGUAAGGUAUCGGGCAGUGAUGCGAAGUUAGUGAUUGAACUCCAGCCUUCUUUUGCUGGGUUUAUUUGAUAUUGAAGCUUCAUGAUUAUUACAUUUCA